UUAGUAUGAAAAGAUUGUUCGAAACAGUAAGAUCGCGAUUUGAUCGGUUCAAAAAAAUUUAAUACUGGCGAUUCAAAAUAGUACUAGUUUGCAGUACUGUUGUUACAAAGUGUAAUUUGUUAACAAUUUUCAUAAAUAUAGAUGCUUUAAACAGAACUUAGUAUGGCAUUAAGGAAUAUUUCAUUAAAUAUCAGACCAAUAUUUAUUGUGAUAAUAUUUUUCUCUAUUUCUCAAUUUAUAAAAAGUGACACUGAAGUUAAUCAUCAUUUGUUGAAUUAUACUGAUUUAAUACCACUGCAGUAUGAUGUCAAUAUAGAAUUUGACUUUCGUAUAAAUGUCUUGCACGGCGAAUGCAAUAUUACCAUCAAUAUUACACGUCCAAUAAUGAAUAUAAGUAUACCUUCAGUAAAUUUUGGUAUACUUAAACUUGAUUUGACUAUCAAUGAUGGCAAUAGGAUGAUACACAUACCGAAAUAUUCAUUUAUCGAUGAAACGUACAUUUACAUUGACUUCACCAACCAGUCUGUAAAUAUUUUAUUUCCUGGAACAUAUAUUUUACACAUAAUAUAUCUCAACAACAUAUAUGAUGAAACUUUUCGCGCAUACGGAGAAAAAAUAGGUGAAAAAGUAUUAACAGAAACUGGAGUUGAGGUAAUAAGAGCUCAACAAAUAUUUCCAUGUUGGGACGAACCAGCGUUCGAGAGCACGUUUAUCAUUUCUAUUAUGCAUCAUGAAAGAUUUACUGCCCUAUCGAAUAUGUUGAGAAAUGCAGAAGAAUAUAUAGAUGAAAAUAACAUGAUGUGGACACAUUUUAACAAGUCGCCUUUCAUGUCCAUUCAACGUUUAACGAUUGUGAUAAUCAACAACCGUUUUCUGCAACAGCGGCUUAUGUAUACAAAUGUCAUAAUUUGGUGUAGAAAAAAUGUAAAAUUAUAUCUAAAAUUUGCACAACUCGUCGUAGAAGAUGUAUUCAAUUUUUUGAAUGAAAGUCAGACAAAAAUAUUAAAAAUAGAUUAUGUUGCAAUUUGGGAUACACAACAUAAGAACAUUGAGACAUGGGGACUUAUUUUACACAGAGAAGAAGAUAUUACUUACAAUAAAGCAUUAGAUUCCAUUGCACGCAAAAUAGAAGUGGCUAACUUACUAGCACGUCAAGUAAUAUCUCUUUGGUACGAUUAUUUGUCAUGGCCAAUAGAAGGUUUUACAACAUACUUUGCAGCGCAUAUCUUGGGAAAGAUUCCGUCGAUUUUUUACAUACAUGAUUUAUUUGUUGUCCAAGUACUGCAGGAAUCUUUUCGCUUUGACAUUCCUUCUUAUAAUUAUAAUUUUACACUACACAACAGUAAUAGCUUAGAUGUUAAAAAAAAUAAGUCCAUUCUUAAUUAUAUCAAACCAUCCGUUUUAUGGUAUAUAUUACAACAUAUUUUAAGUGAAGGCAUGUGGUAUUCUAUUCGCACGUAUGCUGAUAGAUAUAGUCAGUCAAACGCGGUAAAGACCGAUGAUUUAUGGCACAUAAUGCAAACUUAUUCAAAUCAUACUGAGACUUAUCAUCAAAAAUCUUUCAAUGUAAAAAAAUAUAUAGAUAUUUGGAUAAAGAAAAAUUAUUAUCCUGUACUGCACGUGACAUUAAGCGCUACAGAUGACAUGAUAUCAUUUUCAUAUCUCAGUUCUCAGUAUAUCGAGGAAGACAUGGAACAAAUUCCCGUAUUAGUAACAUUUACGAUAAUACAAAAAGAUGUUGGUAAUAGUUUUAACCAGCAUUUUUUGCUAUCACCGCAACGUAAAACAUUUAUGAAUAUUAAAAAUGAAUUUAAGGUUGUUGAUGAAAAUUAUUGCGUCAUAGUCAAUGUUAAACAAAUAGGAUACUAUCGAGUUAAUUAUAAUUAUGAGGGCUGGUUUAGACUUGAGCAAUGCUUGAGAAAAAAUUAUACAGUACAUGUUCUCAAUCAAGCCCAAGUCAUAGAUGAUGCAUUUCACUUUCUCUUACAUCGCCGAAUCAGUUUAAUAAGGUUUUGGAAUAUUGUAAGCUUUCUGUCAGAAAAUACGAAUUACGUAGCAUGGUAUCCCAUGAUUAAAGCUUUUGAAUACAUGGCUUGUGCCUAUUCAUUUGAUCAUGCUUCACGCAUAACGGACAAUAUGCGAAAUAUAUUGAACAGAGUUUUGGAAAUAAUAGGAUACGAUGAAAAACCGAAUGAAAGCGACCUUACUAAAUGUUUAAGAGAAGAAGCAGCAAAAUGGGCAUGUAUUAUUGGUGCUGCUAAAUGCAGAGAAAAUGCCACUUUACAUCUGAUAAAAUACCUUAAAAAUCCUGUACAAGACAAUCGGUUUACAUGGAAGGAAUGGAAAUAUUGUAAAGGUUUAAUGUUAGCAAACUACACCCUUUGGAACCAAAUACGAGAAAAAAGGACAACAUCUGAUAACAGAAUAUUAGAUUACUUAACUUGCUGUAAAAAUUCUACAAUUAUUAUCUUGUAUUUAAAACAAUCGUUAGGACUAACUACAGAGUAUAAAUAUUUUAUCCAAAAACGAGACAAACGUGUUAAUAUAGUUGUUCUUACUGUCGCGAAGCAUGUAAGAGACUUGAUAGUGUUUGAAUUCAUAUUGAAAUGUUUAAAAGACAGGCAAAUCGUAUUAAGUAAAUAUUGGGAAGUUGAUAGAAUUGCAAUAUUAAUUAUCAGUAUUACGCAUGUGCAUUCCGAACACCAAUUACAAGAGGUAAUUACCUUUGCGACAACUUAUCUGAAAGACAAGAGGCUAAUUGAUGCUGUUAAAAAUAAAAUUGCUAAACGAAAAUUGGAGAACGCAAGACAAAUAGCAAAUUUUGGAUCUCUUCAUAAAUAUGACGACGACUGAACUCUCACAACAAAGUAGAAA